CUCAGGGCACUCACCAGGGGAACGGCCCUGCCCAGAGGGGCAGAAAGGAGACCAGAUAGGGUGGUGUUUAAAGAAAACGUCAUGUUCUGUCUGAAGACGCUUCCGCUUCUGCUGUUACUCCACAUGGAGCUUUCUAAGGCCUUUCCUGUACCUUCCGAAGGGAGAAAUGCAAAAAUCGUUCAGGACUACCUAGAAAAGUUCUACCGAUUACCAAGCAACCAAUAUCGGACUGCAAGGAAGAACAGCGCUAGUAUGGUUGUUGAAAAGCUUAAAGAAAUGCAGCGAUUUUUUGGAUUGAAUGUGACAGGGAAGCCAGAUGCAGAAACUCUGGAGGUGAUGGAAAAGCCUCGCUGUGGAGUGCCCGACAGUAGUAGUUUUAUGAUAACCCCAGGAAGCCCCAAAUGGGAACACACUAACGUAACCUACAGGAUUAUAAGCCAUACCCAACAGUUGUCAGUAGCUGAAGUGGGAGCAGCCUUUGAGAAGGCCUUUAAACUCUGGAGUGGUGCAUCACCUCUGACCUUCACCAGAAUCUCACAGGGAGAAGCAGACAUCAAGAUUGCUUUUGUCCAAAGAGAUCAUGGUGACAACUCUCCAUUUGAUGGACCCAAUGGAAUCCUUGCUCAUGCCUUUCAGCCAGGCCCAGGCAUUGGAGGAGAUGUUCAUUUUGAUGCAGAAGAAACGUGGACCACAAACUUCAACAAUUACAACUUGUUUCUUGUUGCUGCUCAUGAAUUCGGCCAUUCCUUGGGGCUCGCUCACUCCUCUGACGCCGGUGCCUUGAUGUAUCCCAACUACGCGUUCAGCGAACCCAGCACUUACACGCUCCCUCAGGAUGACAUCAAUGGCAUUCAGGCCAUCUACGGACCUUCAAACAACCCUAUCCAACCUACCGGACCAAGCACACCCAUGGCCUGCGACCCCAGAUUGACAUUUGAUGCUAUCACCACACUCCGUGGAGAAAUAUUUUUCUUUAAAGACAAGUACUUCUGGAGAAGACAUCCUCAGCUACGAAGCGUUGAACUCAAUUUUAUUUCUCUAUUCUGGCCAUCCCUGCCAAAUGGUAUACAGGCUGCCUAUGAGGAUUUUGACAAGGACCUAGUCUUCCUAUUUAAAGGCAACCAAUACUGGGCUAUGAGUGGCUAUGAUAUUCAGCAAGGGUAUCCCAGGCAUAUAUCAAACUACGGCUUUCCAAGCAAUGUCCAAGCAAUAGACGCAGCUGUUUCCUAUGGAAGAAAAACAUACUUCUUUGUAAAUGACCAACUCUGGAGAUAUGAUAACCAAAGACAAGCCAUGGACCCAGGUUAUCCCCAAAGCAUAUCGAGUACCUUUCCAGGAAUACAAAGUAGAGUUGAUGCAGUUUUCCAGCAGGAUGACUUCUUCCUUUUCUUCAGUGGACCAAGAUAUUAUGCAUUUAAUCUUAGUACUAAUAGGGUUACCAGGCUUGACAAAAGCAAUAAAUGGCUUAACUGCAGAUAAAAUUGAAGCAAAAUCAAAUGUGCUUGUAUCCAUUUUCUGAAUAGGGAAGUCCAACUUGUGUAUACUUUACAUUGUGUUCUAUUUAUACUUUUCUCAAUACUAAGUAAUUUUGUUCCCCAUCACUGUAUUCAUUGGGCCUGUCCUCAGUAAAAAAAAUAUGUUUGGAAUAUUCCACUGUUUGCAGAGGUUGAUUCAGUUCUUACACAUUCCGUCUUAAGUUAGUGAUUCCAUCACAAAGAAAAGGAAAAUAAACCUUUUUUGGUCACCUCGGUAUUCACUAUUCCAUUAUUUACUUAUCUGACUUCUAAAAUUCACUGCUUGAUAACUUGCGUAUCUGACUGAAUAUAUUCUUGAGUCUCUUUAAACAUGCCUUAUGCAUAUCUGCUACUUUCUUUUUUUUCAUAUUCUUUUUCUUUUUCUCAUUCUUUCUUUCUCAAGAACACACAGUUGCAAGUGCAUAGCACUGGAUUUUGGUUAGAGGUAAGGAUUGUAAACAACAUAGACAGUAUCCCUUACCUUUACAAAAAAAAAAAAUGUGGUGUUAUUUUCCAUUCUUGGAUAGAAUUGUGGAUGAUACAUGUUGUGGGUUGAAUUGUUUCUCCCCAAAAAGCUACGUUGAAGUCCUAACCCCGGGUACCUAUGAAUGUGAGUCUAUUUGGAACCCGGGCCUUUGCAGAUGUAAUUAGUUAAGAUGAGGUUGCACUGAAUUGUGGUGGGCCCUAAAUCCAACGUGACUGGUGUCCUUAUAAGAAGAGGAGAGACAUAGCCACACAGGGGAGAAGGCCGUAUGAAGAUAGAGGCAGAGAUGGGAGUAACGCAUCUACAAGCCAAGGGAUGCCAAGGGUUUCCAGCAACCAUCAGGGAGGCAAGGAAGGAUCCUCCCUCACCACCUUUAGAGAGGAGAACACGACCCCACUGACACCUGAAGAUUUUGGACUUCUAGCCUCCAGAAC